AUGCUGCGUCAAGAGAAGCGAAGCAAGAAGCGCGACCCGGAGGCAAGCGAAAUCAUCCGUAAAUCCCCGAGGAGGUGGGCAGACGCCAAGUCGCCAGGCGCGGGCACCGGCGCACGCCACCCGCGGGGUCCGUGCCGCCUGCAAAGCCCUGAGCUCCGGGGCAGCAGAACAGGGGCGGGGGGACCCGCCGUCCCUUUAAACCGGCUCCGCCGCCACCCCCCGCCCCCGCCCCUCAGCCCCGCUGUCUGCCAACCUUUUCCGAACCCUCGUGUCAUAGAACUUCCUUAUCAUGGAAACUUCCACUGGGUUCGGCGCCGAGGAUGCCAAACUCCGGGUCACAAGGAGGCUGGCAACCAGCCGGGGCUUGGGGUCCGAGGGCCACGGCCGCCCCAGCCGCCCCGCUCCGCCGCUGCCCACGCCGCGGCUCCCCGAGGGUGCCCGAGCCGGAGGGCACCUCCUCCCCGCGGCGGGGCGCGGAGCCCCGGGGGCGGGCGCCCGGCGGCUGACACCCCACCCACGCCCGCCCGCCCGCGCGCUCGGCGUCGCCGCUCGCACCCCGAGGGGUUCCCGCGACACCCCCGCCCGCCCGCCCUCCGGACAGCCGGGACUGUCGCCCCCGCACCCCCGCCUCCGCGCCGUCCUCUCGCCGAAUUACCGGGGCGCUGGAGCCGGCCGGGUGGGGCGCCCCCGCCGGGGGAGGCAGCCUGCGGGCGCUGCCCGAGCCCGGAGCUGGAGGGCCGCUUCCCCGGCGCACUCGCCUUAUUCAUGCAAAGUUAA